CCGGGGCGGCUGGGGGCUGCUUCACUCCUUCUCGGCGCCGCUCGCCCGCCGUGGCGCGGUCCGCCCGACGUGCCGCACUAUGGGCAGCCAGGGCUCCAAGGCGGGGGGCAGCGCCCCACCGGUCGGUCACGCCGCCUCCACCGACCCGGCCAAGGCAAACGGGCAGGAAAACGGCCAUUUGAGGGUGAACGGGGACACGACGGCCCGGGCGGGCGGUGAAGCUGCGGUCCCGAACGGGAACGGCUCCUCCGAGCCCCUCGAGUGCAGCGGGGACGCCAUCGAGCCUGUUCCCCCAGCCGAGGCGGGGGAUGCUCAGCCCGAGGGGGCCGCGGCCGCCCCCCGGGACACCCCCAAGAAGAAGAAGAAGUUCUCGUUCAAGAAAUCCUUCAAGCUGAGCGGGAUCUCCUUCAGGAGGAACAAGAAGGAAGCCGGGGACUCCGCGGGCUCCACGCCCUCGGAGGAGCAAGGCCCGGCCGGGGAGAGUCCCGGCAGCGCGGCCGACGGGACGGAGCCCGCGGCUGCCUCCGGCGAAGCGGCGGCGCGGGGCGGACCCGCGGCGGGCACCGAGCCCGGCGGAAGCGGGGAGGAGAAGCAGCAGCAGCCGGGGGAGCUCCCCGGGGCCACAGCCGAGCCAGGGGAACCCUCAAAACCUGCGGGGCCUGAGCCUACAGCAACCGCGGCGGAGCAGGAGGAGGAGUAGAUGCCGCUUGGAAUGUCCCAACCCCGGGAGUGUCACGGACUCGCUGCCUUCCCCCCACACCUCCGUCCCACCCAAACUGACGCGGCUUUCCAAAACCAACCCCCUCCCAGAGUGAUUCUUUCCCAUCUCCAUUAGAGAGCUGGCCGCCACUGCAACUUGGAGUAGUUCUACCUGAAUCCUUCACGCUGGUGGAGGGAGAUUAUCCUGGACGUAACUGGAACUUACAGUUUGUGAUCGCUGCCGGCUCCUGGCUGUCCUCGAAGCCUAAACUGUUCAAUGGAUCGUUUUCUUCUCUCUUUCAGUUUACAUUCCUGGUUCUGACUUUAAAUGAAAAUAUUUUGUGCUUUUUUCCCCCUAGAAAUCAAUGGGUUAAGAGCUAACCUUGUUAGGUUUCUAUAAUGGCUUACUCUUGGCUUAAAACCAUAAAGCUUGUAAGUCCCCUGUGUUUAAUUCUACUCUAGUGGUGUGGGGUGGACAGGCAGGGACCUGCAGCUGUAAACUGUGAAGCACGUUGGGGUUCUCUGUAAAUAAUUACUUUUUUUUUAAUGGCCAAAACACUUGAUUUGCAAUUUUCUAAAAAGAAAGGGAAAAAAAAAAAAAAGCUGUAUGGGCUUUCUUGUAACAUUUGAAAGGAAUAAAUGGUGACCCCUUCAUGGG